ACACAGUACAACGACAUCAUUUCUUCGCAAUUUUUAAUCCCUUUAUCCAAAAACCUUCAGGAAAAGAACUAAAAUACAAAAUAAAGGACACUUUUUCUAUUCAAGACUUAAGAACACAUCAGCACAAAACCUACAGGUUCAAUCUGAACAAAGCACGGAAUAAGACAAACUUGGAAACAAAACGCCUCGCUAUUUACAAGGUUAGACACUGAAUUCGUCCCCACAGGACUGAAUAACGUUUUUUUUUUUUUUUUUUUAUAUAGUUGUUUAAGGACAGGAAUCCACAAGCUGCCUCCGAGGAGCAAUGUCGAAGUCAGCCUGCCGACCUACAAGAGAAGAUACGCAAGAUGAACCACUCGAAUUUGGACAGGUUAAAGAAAAAGAAAAAACAGCACGUCCAUGUUUCAGUGUUUAACUUCUUGAGCUGUCGAUUUUAAACUAGGAAAACCAUCAUUAAAGAUUAAAGAUCAUAUGUUCGACAUCUUAUAUUGACAAAACAGCUCAUAAGCCAGCAAAAGCUUCAGCUCCAGGCGGUCGGUCGACCAAUCGAGGAGCGAGCCCAAACGUCUUCCCCUUUAAACCAAAAAUUGACAUUUGCAUUUAGCCAAUACGUGAGUUGGUUUCAUCUGUCUAACACAGAUUUGUCAGCUUUCAAUGGCUUGGUAAACCCACUUUACAUAUGAUCUUUAAAGGCUAUGCGCUUAAGAAAAAGCCUUGAGGUGUACCCAUUUGAAGUUCUCUAUGGCCUCUAAAGAAAAAGCAAGCAUUAUGAGAGAAAUAUUUAUGCAAUUAUUUACAAGGGAGGUGUGACUGAAACCAAAGAAAUAAAAAGAAUAAAUCACUGAAGCUCCACAACUGAAAUACAAGAGCACUACAAUUGAAAAAAGAGAAUACAACAAUUAAGCAGUUAUGAAUCACUUUUAGGUUACGUUAAUAAAGUCCUGGAAAAAACACAUUUGGAACUGUUAACGAAAACCAACAACUUAAGGAAAAUGAGGGAAGCUCCUUUGUCUUUUUGUUUGUUUUACGCUGGUACAGGAAGUUUGAAGAGACCAUACCACAGGACAGCGCUUUCUUGUGCAUGCCGUGCUCUCUGCCCGCUAUGUGCGACGCCCAGAGAAUGUCGUGGUCAGGUGACACACGGCCUGCAAUGAAGUCCCCGCUGGCAGGUACAAACAAGGACGUGUUAUUUCCCUACAUCAGAGAGAAUCUGGAGGAGUAUCUGUCUGCUCACUGGGAAGAGGAUGAAUGCAAACAAGACGUCCAUCUGCUCAAGAAACAGGCUGAAGAAGACUUGCGGCAGAAUAAAGCGUGUCACGUUCAUGCGGUGGACCAGACGGUUCACACAGACGAGGAGAAGGCCAUCCGGGAGGUGGUGGAUAGCGUGCUGUGGCAGAUGGCAGCGGACAGAAAGAGCACUGCGCUCAAACAGCUGCAGGGCCACAUGUGGAGAGCUGCGUAUGUGACGGGGAAAAUCAAAGGCGAGGUGUACCAGGAUGUGGCUCCAGCCAUCAGACGGUGGAGACAUCGCGGCCUGAAGGUCUACAUCUACUCUUCAGGAAGCGUGGAGGCUCAGAAGCUGCUCUUUGGCUAUUCUGUCGAAGGCCAUCUAUUAGAUCUGUUUGAUGGUCACUUCGACACCAACAUUGGUGCCAAAGUAGAAGGUAAGAGCUACGAGAACAUCGCAGAGAGGAUUGGAUGCCAACCCGAGGAAAUCAUGUUCUUAACCGACGUCUCACGAGAGGCAAAGGCAGCAGAGGAAGCCGGGGUGAACGUGAUCGUGGUAGUUAGACCUGGUAACAUGGAGUUAACCGAAGAGGAGAGGAGCCAUUAUAGAAUAAUCACAUCUUUCAACCAGUUAGAACUGAGCGGGAACGUUUGACGGCGCAGAACCGGGCUCAGCAUCGGAUCAUGUGAAAAACCAGCGGCUUCUAUGUGUUGUUAUUCCGCUGGACUGAAACGCCAAGCCUCCCAGGUGCUUGUUUUCUACACUGAAACCCAUCUUUGAAUUAUCAUGCACUUGCAUUCUCUCUGAAUGUUUUAUAUGCGGUGUUAAUGUGUAGCAUAUGACAUAUUCAUGUCUUUAUCCCCCACAUGUGCAGUGAUAUAAAAUAUGAUAACCUGCCAACUAGACACAGGUUUAGUGUGAUUGUACCUCAUGUCUUAUAAACCUCAGUCUUAAAUGUUGUUGUAAAAUUUUAUUCCAAAUGGACACAUCGAACAAAUCACAUUUGCAACAUUUAGAUACACCAGCACCCGAGAACAGAUGUCUGUUUUAGUAACAAAAUACAGGAUUAUGAGCAACAUCAGAGAUGUUUUACAAUAUUUAACAUCAAGUAUAAAAAGCUGCAUAAGCUUCUAAGAUAAUGCAGGACAGGCUCAAAAUGAAAUGCGCUUAUAUGAAUACUAUCUAUGAUUCAGUGAUAUAGAAAGUAUAGUUCACCCAAAAAAUUAAAAUCGUCAUGUACUCGCACUCAAGUUGUUACAAACCUGUAUGUUCUGUUGAACACACAAAGAGGAUAUUUCGAAGAAUGUU